AUGAGUCAACAUGUCCAAGAAGAAGAAGAGCAGAGCCAACUCGAGCUCCUCCGCCGCCACAGGGUCUACUCCUGCACUGUCUGCACCGCCCUGAUUUUCAUGACUCUGGCAGCCUUAUCACUUCUAAUUUUCUACCUCGUUCUCAGUCACUGGGGUCCCAGGUUCGGGGUGGUGUCAACGGGCACUACACUCAACAAGCUAAGUCUCGAAAAGGGUAAUCUUCUAAAUGUUAAUAUCACUCUUGGUACCAAUUUCACAAACCCAAACAAGAAGGCUGCUGUGGACUUCAAACACAUCGUGGUCGAGCUUUAUUUUGGGCAAACCAUUAUAGCUAACAAUAAUGUUGAGCCUGGUCUGUCUGCACCCAAGGGUGGGACUCAGUCCGUGGAGGUUGAUAUGGUGGCCAGUAAGGUCCAGCUUUUUGAGCUUGAAAUCCAAAGGCUGAAGAGUCAGAUGUUGAAGGAUAAGGUGAUGUUUGAAGUGAGAGGGAGUUUUUUGGCGCAAAGUAAGCUUUGGCGUCACCUACGUUACUCUUAUAGAAUGCAUGGUCAAUGUAGUCUUACUAUGAAGAAACCAACUCAUGGGGUCUUAGUUUCUAGCAAAUGUAAAACAAAAAAAAUCAAGAGUUUUGUUUAAAUUGACACGUACGAGGGUGGGACAGCAGCCUCAGCCUCAGCUUCAGUUGUU